GUUUGUUUAGGUACCUUACCUAGCAAGCCUAGGUAAGGUAGGGCUUCCUUAGUUGUGAAUGGUCGGCAUUCUAGAAGUUGGUUCAGCGGUCGCGGUAUUUCCGGGGCCAACCAAGACACUGAAGUCGCCAAUUAGGAUUCUUCGACACUCUGGAAGGAUUUGAAAAGCAACCAAAAAUCUUGAUGGCAAUCAUCAAGUCGAAAACGCCGCCGUUUCAACGACGGGUUGCGCCGAUUCCAUUCCAGCCCCUAGGCGGUCCAUG